AGGUGUUCAAUCUCCUCAUAGAAAAGCCUUUUAGACUCUAACAAUCCUCAUCAACAUACACCCUUCGCACGCCUUCUAAAGUCUCUCAACAACCACUUCAAACUCUUUCAAUCGAUCUUCGUGAAAAUGGACGUGGUGAAUGUAAUGAUUCAAGGAAAGCCUGUCGUGAUUUUCAGGAAGAGUUCUUGCUGCAUGAGCCACUCCGUCGAGUCACUUAUACGUGGAUUUGGAGCAAAUCUAACUAUUUAUGAGCUCGACAGAAUAACAAAUGGACAACAAAUUGAAAGGGCACUAGUGCAACUGGGGUUUCGACAGAGCUUACCCGCUGUGUUCAUAGGCCAGCAGCUGGUUGGCAAUGAAAGGCAGGUGAUGAGCCUCCACGUCCAGAACCAGCUGGUACCAUUGCUUAUACAAGCAGUUUUCCCGAAGUAAGCGAAAAGUGAUAAGAGGCACAGCUAAGGACCUCUUUCUGUUUUGAAAUUUUCAUUACAACUUCCACGCAUAUAUUCUGUGUCUAAUAAGGAUGCACUACUUUUGUUACUUUCCUCGGGCUCAAAAUAAAGCAUUUGGGUGCACAUAAGGGUGUGUGAGAUAAAGAGCAUGAGCAUUUUGUUUGAGGAUAACAAGUGCGGGGGAUUAGACUUGUGAAGGUGAACAUUAAUUUCCCAACCUUUUUUUUUCAAUAAAUGAGAAAUUUCAUUAGUAAA